UCCCACUCCCUCUUCUGUCACACAAAUCAAGCAACAUUUUUCAGCAGCAGCAGCAAAUUUCUCAAGAGCCAACUAAGAACUAAAUUUUAGAAAACGAUUAAAAGACCAGGAAAACAAAAAAUUACUUGGAAUAAAAUACCAUCAGAUCUGGGACCUGGUGAAGGGGAAAGAGUUGCAUAGCCCAGGAGUCACCCUUGUCCAUACUAUUGAGAAAAAGUCACGCGUCACUGUAAGAAGAAAAAGCCAGAUUCUUUCUGACUACACAAAGCAUAAAGAGGCAUUUCUGGGAAAUUUUACUUCUUCUUGAGACACUUGAUACUUGAAACUAGACAUCACUCGGAGUCCUGUGUCCAGUUCUGAGAAAUGCAAGAAGGAUAUCAACAAACUGCAACAUGUCCCAGUAGAGGGUAACAAAGAUGGUGCGGAAGACCCAAACCAAGGGGUUCAAAUAACAAGGAAAAGGAUUUCAGCUAAACAUUGUGAAGAAGUUCCUAACUCUAGGAGCUGUUCACAACAGGGAGAAAGCUUGCCUUGGAAAGUGAUGUAAUCCCCUUCAUCAGAGAUUUUGAAGCAGAUGUUGCAUGGCCACAUCUCAGGGAUGCUGCAGCAGUGGAUUUCCUGCAUUACGAGGAGAUUGGACUAGAUGACCCUUGAGACUCCUUCCAACUCUUUGAUUCUAAAUUGCUGUACAUUGCCCUGAUAUUGCAAUCUAUUUAUUGUGGUGGUUGUUAUAUGUCCUCAAGUCGAUUAUGACUUAUGGCAACCCUAUGAAUCAGUGACCUCCAACAGCAUCCUAUUAACAACUGCAUAUAAUUAAAAAUAAUAAUAAAUACAUGUUCAAACAACAGAACUAAGCAAUUAGACUGAACAUGACUACCCCAGUCUCAUCUUAAAAUAUUCCUGGCCUUCCCCACUUCCUUUCUGCCCCCCUUUUUAUGUCCUCAUUUCAUCUGCUUUAACUUCUUACACCAACCACCUCCCCAUUCCAUUUCCCCAAAUUCUCUGCCCCAUCUCAGUUCUGAUUUUUGUCUUUUUAGCUUGUAAUUUGUAAUUUUUAAGUGCAGAAAUGUGUGUGUGUGUACACGUCACAACAACGGAGUCAGUAAGAAAACUGGCAACCAUAGUGUCAACUCACAGACAGGGUUGAAUUGUUUUAAUCCUAGCAUGGAUCCCGAGGAGUUUAUAGACGUUUCCUAUUGACAGCUGGAAAUCCAACAUGGAAUGUUGUUACAGAGAUGAGAAAAAGCUGUAGCUGGUGAAGACUCAAGAGCCAUGGCAGAAACAAAAAAAGUGGCAACGCUUCAUUGUAAUUCGAUGUCCCCUAUCAGUGGCUCUCCAACCUCCUGCCUUCAGCUGCCUGCCCUCUCUGUUUCUUCCCUUCCACACACAGUCUGACGCUCUUCUCCAUUCUGUAAGAACUGAUGGCAUCUGGUGUUGAGCUUCUUCGCUUCCAGCUUCCCGGCCAUGAGGCGGCUACCCUGCGCAACAUGAACCAGCUCCGUUCUGAGGAGCGCUUUUGCGAUGUCACCAUUGUGGCUGACAGCCUCAAGUUCCGCGGCCACAAGGUCAUCCUGGCUGCCUGCUCCCCUUUCCUGAGGGACCAGUUCCUCCUCAACCCUUCCUCCGAGCUCCAGGUGUCGCUCAUGCACAGCGCCAAGAUCGUAGCUGACCUCCUUCUCUCUUGCUACACUGGCGCCCUGGAGUUUGCCGUCAGAGACAUCGUCAACUACCUGACAGCGGCUAGCUACCUGCAGAUGGAGCAUGUGGUGGAGAAGUGUCGGAAUGCCCUGUCCCAAUUCAUCGAACCUAAAAUCAGCCUGAAGGAAGAUUUAGCGAAGUUUGGAGGCCACCGAAGGUCCAAGUCCCCCAGCGUAGUGGGCUGCUCCACCUCCUCCCGCAAAGAACACUCCCGCAAGAGGUCCAUGCCACGACCCAUCAAGCUGGAGUUCCCGAUGGAGGAUGAUCUGGAGAUGAAGGCGGAGGAUGAGGAUGAGGAGCAGGAAGACGAUUACGGGGAUGACGAUGCUGUCUCUGAUAUCUGCAUUGUGACGGUGGAAUCCGCCAUGGAGGUGGCCCAGCGGCAGAAGAAACACCAGGCAGGCACCACUUGGAGCAAAGAUAUGUCUCCCCAACAAAGCUGGAACAAAGAAACUUCUCCCCAGCAAGCUUGGGGCAAAGUGUCUUCACCUCCGCCAGGGUGGAACGAGGAUGUGUCUGGAGACCAGGAAGAACCUCAAGUCAACUCAACAGUAGCAGAAGCCUUGGGGUCCCCUCCGGAAUCGACACCAGAGAAGUCCCAGCAGGGGGUGGUGAAGGCUUCCUAUAGCCUCUCUGAGGAUGCUGAGGGUGAAGGGCUCCUGAUCAUUCCUGGUGGAAGCUACUUGGAGGAGACCAGCGAGGCUGCGGCUGUUGCCGCUGAGUGCCAGAGCAGCGGUGCUGGCGGCGGUGGUGGUGGUAUGGGACUGGUGCUAGCUGGACUGAGUGGGCGCCCCUUCUCUACCUUUCCCUCUGCAGGGAGAGGUGGAGGUUCCGGGACGCCGGGGGGAGGGAGUGGUGUCUCAAGGAUAAUCCGCUGCACCAAGUGUGAGGAGGUAUUCCAAGGGGUGGAGAAGCUUGUCUUCCACAUGCGGGCCCACCACUUCAUCUUCAUGUGCCCGCGCUGUGGCAAGCAGUUCAACCACAGCAGCAACCUCAACCGGCACAUGAACGUCCACCGUGGGGUGAAGUCGCACUCCUGCACCAUCUGUGGGAAGUGCUUCACCCAGAAGUCCACACUCCAUGACCACAUGAACCUCCACAGUGGCGAGAGGCCAUACCGCUGCUCCUAUUGCGACGUCCGCUUCGCUCACAAGCCGGCAAUACGCCGCCACCUCAAGGAACAGCACGGCAAGACCACAGCUGAGAAUGUCAUGGAAGCCAGCGUGACCGAGAUCAAUGUCCUCAUUCGCUGAAGGAGGAGGCGGCGGUGGCGGCGGUGAUGACGACAACGCCACAGCGGCGGGAAUUGGAAAGGGAAGGGCACUCCUGAGCUCCAAGGGAGGGAAGUGGGGCGUAGUGGUUAGACUGUAGGGGCGGCAAGCCAGGAACUCCUUGAGGUAUGAUUUGGGGCGGGGGGAUAGGGUUAGUGUCUAGUAUUGAUAGAGGGAUGGAACUCCUGGAUUCUUUGGAAGGGGAGGUGGGAGGGAAAUAGUGGAUUAGAAAAGCAUAGGUCAGAUGGGAAGCAGGGCUCCUAGAUUGUCUGAGAAUUGAAGGGUGGGGAUCUUGUUAGUCAGAGGAUGGGGCUGUGCGGAUACAGGAUUGCUGGGAUCUGUUCCCUUCUUUCACAGCCCCUAUCCCUUUGUCCUUUGUGCCCAGUUACCAGAAACUGCUACCUCUUUUAUAGGCUGAUCCUAUCUCAGCAGCCAAAGAACUGGAAAAGGCCUUUGAAAGCAACAUGGUGUCAGUAGGGAGGGGGAAAUCUCUCUGAUCCUGCUUAAGAGGCAGCAAGUACUGCUGCCUCUGACCUUGUCUCCUCUGUUCUUCAAUAAUUGCUCUGAGGUGGGGGUGGGGGUGGCAGCAAAUUUGCCCAGGAGCCUACAGACGAGCUCUGUUGUGGUCCAAAGCUCCCGGGUGACUGUAGCAGUGAAAGGGAAGUUGGCAGCAAUCUGGUCUCACCUGUCAAUUCACCCCUAGAUUCAGACUCCUCCUCAAAAAAAGAAAAAAAGGGGGGAAGGCAAACAUUUGAGCAGCCAGAGUCUCUACUGUGUAGUUUGACUUCAGAAGCAUGCUAGUUUUGGUUAGUGGGGUGCAUUUUAUCCAAAUACUGAAAAGCCAGUAAUUUUGUGGGAACUAUUAGGAGGGGGAGCAGCAGGGCUGAGUUAUUCUGCAUCUCCACUGUGCAAGUGUGGAAUUGCAACCUUCAAGACUUUUUUUAAAAAAACAAAAAACUUUUAACUUAGGGACUUAAAAGAAGUUUCUAGUCCUUAUGGCUUUGAAUGUGGGCUUGAAAUGUGAUAGCAGCAGUGACUGAAAGCUGGAAGAGCACCAAGCAGGACUUCCAGGUCAAAUUUUAUUGCCUCUUCCAAUGGCUAGCAGAAGCAGAAUGAAUGAUGCAAAGAUGAGCCAAUAAAGCUCUUUAUUUUGCAUAGGCUGCUCAGGUCACAUGGUUUGGCUUUUCUUGGUGCAAAAUCUAGAUUGACUUCUUUUUUUUGAAAGUACAGAGAGUAAACAUAUCCCUGGGAAGAGGGAAAGUUGUUGGUGCUAAGCAACUGGGACUUGGAACUCCUUUAGGAUCUACUGCCAGUCAGCCAGAGAUUUGUGGAUAGAUCCUCCUCUACCGUGUGGCCUCCAUCAGGCUAAUGCUGUAAGCCAAAAUUCUUGGUUCAGGUCUCACUUCUGUUACAAAUGCAUUAAGGUCGCACUCCUGUGUGCCUUGCCCUGGGAGUAAGUGCUGUGGAAGCAGCAGCAUUUAUUUCUGAAGAAUCAUGCUUAAGAUUGAACUGCACAUGGCUUUCAGUCGGCCUCAAGAUGGGAGGGAGGACAGGAUUGUAAGAACUGAGACAGCUCUUCCUUGUAUUGAACCACUUGAUUGGCAACAAGGAAUUGCAGGCUGGCAGAGAAGGGAUGGGUUGCUUCAUCCCUCCUCUGGGCCUAAUAGAGAAGCCCAAGUGGGUUGCCAGAAUUCCCUCCUAAGAACUCAGCAUAAUAAUGCAGUGGGCUGUUGCAGGAGGAACAGAGCUUUCUAUCCCUCCUCUCCCAGCCCCUGUCAAGCUGGUAAAACUGUUUGCAGGCCAGUAACUUUUGUGCACUUGUUUUCAGUGGAGGCGAAUCAACACUCCAAAAAAGAAAAGAAAAAGCACUAUAUAAAUACAAGAGUAUUGUUAUAUUCUUGUGGCUUCAGUCCAGAAAAGGGCAAGCAAGGCACAUUUAUAUGGGCCAUUGCAGGGCUGGCCCAAGACCUUUUUCUACCUUAGUUGAAGCAGCAAACAGCCCCCCCUCUAAAUAAAGGUACAUAAUACCCAAGACCAGCCAAGGUAUUUUGGCAUUUGGGGCCAAAAAUCCCACAAGUAACUUUUUCUGUGGCAGUAAAAAAACAAUAAUAACUAACAACGUGCUGGCUUUUCAUGAUGCCCAAAAUCUGUUGUCUCACUCUGCCUAACAAUAGGGAUGGCCCCGAGUAUGUAGGAAGCUGCCCUAUACCAAGUGAGACCACUGGCCUACCUAGCGCAGUACUGCCAACAGUGAUGGUCAGCGGCUGUCCAGGGAUCCAGACAGAGGACGUUCCCUGCCCUAGCCGGAGAUGGAACCUGGAAUCUUUUGCAUGCAAAGCAGAGCCUCUACCACUUAGCUGUGGCCCUUCUUUGUUUCCACUUCUGCAGAGCAUUAUUCAGCACUAUAUAUAUUUUGGAUAGACAGACACACACACCCACGCACACCAUGAAAAACUGGAUCCUGCAACCCAUACAGAAUGUGCGCAGAUAUGUCUUUAUAUUUGAUCAUUUAUUCUGCUAAUGAAUAAAAGGUGAUGGGAUUUGGUGAGAUAGAGCCUGGUACUGAAUCCUUUCCCAUGAGAGGACCUAUUGAAUGCCUGCUGUGGUUUCUGAGAUCUCAGUGUGAGCAUUGUCCAUACAUGUUCAAGAAUGUCACUUUGCAGCCUUAAGGACUAGAAACGUUCUUUUAAAUAAUAAUAAUAAUGGGAACUGAAAUUCUCAGGAUACUGCAUUCUGUACAUGGUACCAAAAUGUCAGCUUGCACGGCAUACUCACAGUCCUGGAAAUGGUCCCAGAGGCAGUGGGGUAUGGGAGAAUUUUCUCCUUGAGACGGUAUUUGCUCUGAUCUCUAGACCCAAAAACUAGGAUCUUUUUUUUUCUCAUUUAAACCUUUUUCUAAAAAUAAAUAAAUAAAAACCACUAUAAUUUUGUUGUUGCUGUUUACUGUUGGGACUGGAUUUCAGAAGGGGAAGAGGAGCUAGAUUCCUGGGCCCUGUAUUCAGUUCUGUCUGGUGGGUACCCUCGACUGAAAAAUCAUAAU